AAAAAAAAAAAACCAAAUUUGUUCUUCUCUGUUAUCAAUCGAGCAAGAGAGAGCGAAGGCUUCGCCAUUGAGAGAGAGAGAGAGAGAGAGAGAGAGAGAGAGAUGAGGAACUCCUUGCCGAGCAUUCAGGUUUCAUCCUUGAUUGUUGCUUCACCUGAUGAGCAGAGGGGUGUGGAUUCCAAGAGCUCGAUCCGAGAGGCUGUUCAGGAAGGUUUCAAGAAUGCUUCUAUUGCCGCUGCUGUUACUGCAGUUCCAACGUUGGUAGGUUGCCGAGUCAUCCCUUGGGCAAAAGCUAACCUGAAUCACACUGCUCAAGCACUAAUUAUAUCAGCAGCUGGUAUAGCCGCAUUUUUCGUGACAGCGGACAAAACUAUUCUCGGAAGAGCUAGGGAGAACUCUAUGGGCAAGUACGAUAAAACAGGUUGAUGAAGACCGAAUUUUUCUUUGUUGCUUAUCGAUGAACUCGAAAAGAAAUCAAGUGAAGGUCACUUAUGAUCCCUCGUUUGAAUCAUAUUAAUUGUAUCAUGUUACCUUGUUAUCAAUUUCCAGUUCUUUUACUUCAGCAGGUGAAUUCCAUUCACAAUGUUCAUAAUUUCCAUUUUUCAGUUGUGCUGAAUUAUAAUAAUAAUUCUCUUGGUCCAA